CGUUACUAGUUUUUUGUCUAACUGCCUGCUAUUGUGAAAUCAUUUGCAGAAGAUAUAUACUUAAUUUAAGAUGUUGCCGAGGCUGACAUGUUUCUGUCUGACAACUGUCGCUCUACACUUUGUCGGCUGUACGAGUAUAGUACUAGUUAAUGGAAAGCCACCUAAAAAGCUAACACCACAAUCGUCGAGACCAUUGAGUCUAGAAGUGAAUCCAUCACCUAUUGCUUUAGACACCAAUGAAGUUCUUGCAAACGCGAUACAAAAUUAUGUUUCUUCUUAUGCCACAAAAGCUAGUUAUGUCAGUAUUGGUGAUUAUAAAGACUUGUUUUGUGAUAGUUGGUGUGACUCUGAGGAAUCGAGUUACUUUAGUGGCAGUGGUUAUACUGUACAGUGUGAUGAUAGUUGGUGUGACUCUGAGGAAUCGAGUUAUUUUAAUUAUGGUGAUUCUUAUAGUUACUUAUAAAUUGCAUAGAAAUAUACAUACAAACAAGCAUAAUUCGCGAGAGGUGCCAGACGAUACCUCUUAUAAAAAACUGAUGUAGUUAAAUA